AUUACAAUGUAUGAGAAAAAAGGAGUAGCCAAGAAAGCAAUUCAUGUGGCCCAUUAUUUCUUGUCAUUAUCUCAAUUGGUCCAUUGAUAUGAUUUCAAUAAUUUUUUCACCUUAUUUUUUCCUUCAACUUUUUUGUGUAUCACUCAAUUACACUUAACACAAAUUUGAUCAAAAUCUUGAUCUAUUUUCCCCCCCUCUAGCCAUGUCAAGUAGUGAUAUUAGGGGCAAAGAUUUGGCCGAGGGAUCGUCAAGAUCCCCAGGUCGUGAUCAACCCCCUAGUCGAUACGAAUCUCAGAAAAGACGAGAUUGGAACACUUUCAAUCACUACUUGAAGAAUCAAAGGCCACCAAUCCUUCUUCCCCAUUGCCAUAGCAACCACGUCCUAGAGUUCCUCCGAUACCUAGACCAAUUUGGAAAAACAAAAGUUCACUUACUGGGUUGUAUGUUCUACGGUCAACCUGACCCACCAGCUCCCUGUACUUGUCCAUUGAGACAAGCCUGGGGGAGCCUGGAUGCGCUCAUAGGCAGGCUUAGGGCUGCCUAUGAAGAGAACGGUGGGUCAAGUGAGACCAACCCAUUCGCAAGCGUUGGGAUUCGAGUUUAUUUGAGGGAAGUUAAGGAGUGUCAAGCCAAGGCACGUGGCAUUGCUUAUAAGAAGAAACAAAAGAAGUUGGCUAAUAGCCCAAGUAAGGGAGAUCAUGAUGAUGCAAGUUGUCCAGGAUUUCUCACAUUUUCUUGAUUAUAAAAUGGAUUUUGCGUGGAUAAAAGGGAUUUGCUACAUAAAGUGGAAGAGUUUUAUUGCUAAUCAGAGUCACCAUUAGCAAUAAUCAUUUUAAAAUUAAUAUUACUUUAUUAUAUAUAAUGUUGUUCUAUAGAGGCCUUAAAAGUUGUUUGUGUAUUCUAAACUCUUUUAUACAAGUGAGUUUUUUUCUAUUUACUAGGCCAAUUAAUUGAAAGUUUAUCUUCUUUU